ACUGCUUGAUGACGAACUGUCACUUUCAACAAAGAUUGGCUUGAUUAUAUCAAGUAUUUGGAAUGUAUAGUGUAUGUGUACAGAAAACGCAUUCAACAAACACAGUAAAAUGUGGACAUGAUAUAAGACGCGUAAUUGAAAAAUGUGGUUUAUGCCAUAUGUCUUCAGUAUAGCCUCAAACCAGCCUGUGCCUUCACAAAGUCUGGACCUAAUUGUAUGAUGACAUGUGGAAAUAACAUGUCUCAAGCUGAUUUUCCAUGGACAAGUGCCUCCAUAAUAUUGCGUUCUCAUGAAGCUGCACAUUUUGAGUGGUGGAAGUUCAAGGUCAAGGUCAUCCUUCAAGGUCAAAGACUGUCUGCGAACAUGCAAGCAGUUUUGUCCAUAUUCUAAGAAACAGUGAAGCAUGCGGAUUCUUCAGAGAUACCGCAUGCAUGUCAUGUUCAGGAAAGGGCUACAUAGGAAGAUCGCUGUUGUCGUACUUGUAUCCUCGGUUAUGCUGCUACUCUUCAGCAGACAUAGAGCCAGCUACGAUACGGGAUCAAAGAGGCUGCUAUAUCACGUUCUGUUCGGAGAAACGUUGCUACCAGACCCCAAUCAAGGUCUUAUAGAUUAUUUCGGCGAAUAUGUCCAGCUUAACAUAUCAGUGGACAGUAACUUUGCCAGUGGUCAGCUGUUGGGCUGGGGUGGAUUCUUCACCAGCCGUCUGACGCUUUCCAAUACCGGGUCACGUGAUAUCCCACAGUCUCUAUGGCAACUAUACGGCUACUUUAUGCGGCAAGUAGAACACGAGGCAUUUCCAUAUAAAGACGGGUUUUAUAUAUGGAGCUGCGGUCUAAAGGUAUUUCACGUGGACGGUUAUUUGUACAAAUUCCAGCCGGUAAAAGAUUUGUUUCCCGGCAUUCCGUCGGGAACGCUUCUAGAGUGUCUGAUCAAAGUCAACGCUUUUCAGAUCGCGAAAACGGACUCUUUUCCGAGAUGGUAUGUUACCGGAAAAGACUUGUCACCGAGAAUCGUUGCCAAUACGGACGACGAGUCGCUGGCGUUCGUCAGUGAUUUAACGCGGGUGGAACAGUACAAAAGGAGACCGGAUGAUAAAAGUAGUCCGCUGACGCUCGCGGAGAGAUAUGACAUGUACAAUGUUCCUGUCGCAAAAUCCGCGGAUAUUAACGUGUUUCCUACGCCCUUUCAUGUAGAAGUACAAACAAACUUGAGAAUGGUGUUUAAAAGGGAUAAUAUGAAAAUCGUGAACGAAGCUGCGUUUGCUCAAGAGAUAAAACUGUUUGCAGAGCUUUCAGAGAUGCAAGUUGUUUACGCAAAACCAACGCGAAAUUACAUCAAGAUUACCAAAGGUCCAGUCGAUGUUAUCAAAGAGGUCAAAAAAACUACGCAUACCCUUGGUCACGUGGCCAAUGAAUCGUACAUUCUGGAAUCAAAACCGGAGGACAACUCUAUCCACAUAGUCACACCGACAUCUACCGGACUGUUCUAUGCAUUUCAAACACUAGAAUGCAUUUUAUUCGCCCCUGAAGCUGGCGCGGGGUUGACGGUUGAAGGAGCCUCGAUAUCGCUGCCAAAGUUUCGGGUCGUAGAUGCACCAAGAUUUUCAUAUCGCGGACUUCAUAUCGACGUUGCGCGCAACUUCGCGUCCCUGGACGAAGUGUUGAAGCUGGUGGACGUGAUGUCCGUGUAUAAGAUGAACAAGCUACAUCUGCACUUGUCGGACGACGAGGGUUGGCGCCUGGAGAUCCCAGGACUUCCGGAACUUACAGAGAUAGGCGGUAACAGGUGUCACGACCCGCCUGGGGAACGUUGUCUGCCUCCGCAACUUGGCUCAGGUCCAUUUAAUGACACUUCCGGGAGCGGAUUCUAUUCCGUUUCUGAUUACAGAGAACUCCUUACUUAUGCCUUGGAGAAGCACGUGCAGGUCAUUCCCGAGUUUGAUAUGCCGGGCCACAGUCGGGCGGCCAUUAAAGCGGUCCAUGCAAAGGCUUAUCAGCAGAAGCGACGACUCGAAAGGAACGAAGUAUAUACCAUCGUAGACGAAAAUGACAAAAAUAGCUUCAUGUCCGGACAACACUUUUCGGACAACGCCAUGAAUCCUUGUUUGGCGAGCACAUAUAAGUUCGUCGAGAAGAUUAUCGGCGCGGUUCAAGAGAUGCAUCGAGAUAUUCAGCCCCUCACGCUGUUCCACUUCGGCGGCGACGAGGUGGCCAAGGGGGCGUGGAAAGACUCUAAACCGUGUCGGAAUUUGUUCAACAGAGCAUCGUGGUUUUCAAGUGCCCCUACACAGUAUGAGUUGAUGCAACACUUCGUGACCCGCGUGGCGCGAAUAGGGGCCUCUCGUGGGGUCUCUCUAGGGGCAUGGGAGGAUGGGCUGAUAGAGCACACGGAGGAAAAGGGGCUGCCCUUCCCCCGCGAAACGUUCCAAAAUAGUGAAAUGUACUCAUACGUAUGGAAACAACCAAAGGAAGUGUCCACUCCACAUCGAGCUAAGCUGUUUGCCAAUGACGACUACAAGGUGGUGUUGUCCUACGGCUCGUACCUUUACUUCGACCACCCGUACGAACCCGACCCUCAAGAGCGGGGUCUGUACUGGGCAGCCAGGUCCGUGUCCACCAGAGACGCGUGGGACCUCACCGCGCAUGCGCUAGAUGCUGACGAUGACGAAGGUUGUCCGAAACGAGUCAAAAACAAGGACGCGUGUUAUAAGCUGUUGAAACCACAAAACGUUAUCGGAAUCCAGGCAGAGGUUUGGAGUGAGGUUAUACGAACGGACGGACACAUUGAAAGCAUGCUUUUCCCGCGCCUGCUUGCGGUGGCAGAACGCGCCUGGCACACAGCCAGCUGGGAGGAUGACGACACAACAAACGUCAUUAAAAAGGAACGCGAUUGGUCGAUAUUUGUGUCGAAAGUCGGGUUCGGUGAAUUGCACCGCUUGGAGGCUUUUGACAUCCAAUAUAGAGUGGGUCCGCCCGGGGCACGGUUGGUAAAUGGCCGACUCCUGGUCAAAACGGAAUUUCCAGGACAGGAAGUGGAGUAUUACUCAGAGCGCACGCGUGAAUGGUCACGUGUUGAACCAAACAUGCGCGUGACGCAACCCAUACGACUGCGGGCUAGCUCUGGCAGCGGCCGGCUUAAAAGCCGAGAGGUCAUUCUGGACCCUAAACAGACGUCAUCAUCCGUUGGCAUAGCAACGAAUUCCAUUGCUCACAUGAUCAUUCUCGUCGUUGUCGCCUACAAACACUUCGUACUAUUAAACGUCAUCGUUUGAAACUGCUGGCGACUUGUAUGUCAUUUCUCCGUUGUGCAAGUCACGUGCGUUAUAACGCUACCAUUAAAACUACAAAUGACUCAUCGGCUUUAUGCCGUCUGCAUAAAUGAUACACGUAGCGAAACUUCAGGGCGCCAAAUAAUCAGUUUCAUGAUAACGUAUAUUGUCGCGUGAACAAAUAACAUGCGUUCUUACAUUAUGAUUGUAAUGAACGGUUGAAAAAAAUUAGUGUCAUACAGUCAGAUGUUUUCACGCGGUUGAUGACGUCAAAUGGGUAUGUUAAGUUGUCUUUACGUGACAAAAUUAUAUGCUUUUAGGCUAUAUUGACCAAUAUGAACAUCUAAACUAGAUAAAACUCGGUUCAAUACAGAAAACCCUAUUCAAAACUGAAAACCGACUUAUGUAAUGCUUCGGAAUCAAGCAGUUCAUAUAUUUCUAAGAAGCUUUCUUCUUUCACUGGCCACGGGCUCGUAUCAAGAGUGCUUUAAACAUAUUUAUUUAUAUGAUGAUUCAUUAAUAAUAUUUUUGUAAUUGGUUUCAGUUUGGAACAUAUUAAACAAAUGUCUCCCCCCCCCCAAAAAAAAAAUAAAAAAAUAAAAUAAAAUAAAAAUAGAUAGACACUUAUUUGACUAUCUGGCACAAUAUUAGUAAUUUACCCUUUAUUGCAAUAUAAAGAAAGUCAGCGUAAUCAAGUCUAGUUGUGUUAUUACAAACUUUACAUGUGUCGAGAAAUCGGGUCAAGGUUUUGGCUUUAUGUCAUUUAACUAUGCUGCGUUGUUCACAAAAUGGUAUAUAAAACAGUGCUAAAAAUCC